AUGGCUUAUAAAAACGUCUCUAGCUUAAGGAGGCGCAGCUGCGGAGACGCGGACCUCGCGGAUGAUGCAAGCUACAAGACAAGUUCCAUAGGCACGGUGACACCAUCCGGGGCUGUAUCACCUACGUUCCACAAGAGCUUUAUGGAGAUGCAACGAGAUUUGCAGUCCAAGGUGCGCAGAGCAGAUGAUGACAAUCUGGAAUAUAUUAGAGUGCUACAAUCUUGCCUGUCGGGCGCAGUGGGCGACCCCUCAACGCCGUGGUCAAGGUCCACAGCCAGUAGUGAAGUAGAAACGCCGCGCCAUAACCUCGUAGGUGCGCACAAAUCUGGAACCCUCGCGGACAUCAAUUGGCAAGGACCCUAUUUGGGAGUUGAAAGGCGGACACCCGGAGUCGAAAGAAUUUACCGCAAAACAAAUAGACAAUUUUCCGGAUUUAGAGGCAGGAAUAGCACUAGAAGCAUCUCAUACGAUAAUAGUGAGACGACCGCUUCUGAUAUUGAUCAUUGCUUCGGAGGCGAUGAGGCAUCACAUCACGAUGGGAGCCCGUUGCGCCACGGACUAGAUCGGCUGAACAGAGAUGCGAAUGUAGGUCGUAUAAAUACAAAUAAUACGAACGUGAUACUCCUGGAUGACGGUAACGACAACGCGAGGUUGGAAGUGUCACUGCGAAAGCUUCGCACAGGUAUUCAGGGGCAGCAAAGACUGAUACGUCUACACAGAGUGGGCACACACCUGGAGCUUGAGUACUCCGAGGCAGUAGAAGAUUUGGAGUUAAGUUAUGUGGCUACGGAACAUAUCGCAAAAUCACAAGCCAUACGAGAACAGAAAAUGACACCAAAACGUAUGCACCCUCAAUGGCGCGAAACCUGUGCAACGGGCGUGGCACAUGACGAUCAAACCGAGACCGUAUCUCGUAGACAACAGGCCCUGUGGUUAGCAGCAGGGGCCAUUUGUGCGACAAUCGCCUACACGGUGUACUUCAGGAACCGUAGUACGGCAGUGAUGUAG